AUUGUACCAUGGCUGAGUCUAAAGCCAAAGACCGGGGCCGAUUGGGACCCCUGUUUGCAAACAUUAUACGGCCACACUGAGGAUGUCAAAUCUAUAGCAUUCUCUCCUGACGGCAAUCUUAUUGCGUCUAGUUCCUAUGACUGUACCAUCAAAAUUUGGUGUGUCAAGACUGGUGUGUGCAUAAAGGAACUAGAGGGCGAUAGAAGGAGCUCAGUAGCUUUCUCUGCUGAUGGAAAGCUUUUAGCUUCAAGGUUUUAUGAUAACUUGACUAUCUGCAUAUGGAAUGCAGACUCGGGAGAGUGCGUGCGGACAAUUCUUGCCGAUAAAAUGGUUUUAAGUAUAGCCUUCUCACCAAACAAGCCACACAUUGCCUCAAGCGACACAGGAAGUGCAAUUCAGGUCUGGUGUACCGACACGGGUGACCUCGUCCGAGAGCUCCAAUCUAGUGGACCUUAUGUUGAGACCAUUGCGUAUUCACCCGAUGGAGCGCUUAUUGCUUCAGGCUUUGGUUACAACAAAGUCAAAAUCUGGAGCGCCGAUACAGGACUUUGUCUGUCGACUAUUGAUCGCUUCCGGCCAUACGAGAUAUAUGACGAGGUUAUAUGCGUAGCCUUCUCCCCCGAUUCGAAAUAUGUCAUGACUGUCACUUAUCGUGAUAAUGUCGACAUUUGGUCCGUUGAGAGCGGUGAACGGGUAAAGGUUCUUGAAAACACAAGAUCUGUUGAGAAGGUAGCAUUCUCGCCAAAUGGAGCCUAUAUCGCCUCAGGAUCACGCGAGGGGGUAGUUCAGGUUUGGAAUGCCCGCACUUCUAAAUGCAUAAAGGAGUUCCACGGUCAUAUCAACGAAAUUAACUCCAUAACCUUUUCACCGGACGGAUUAUUUAUCGCAUCAGGUUCGAGUGACCAGACCAUCCGAAUUUGGGAUUUUGACGAGAAUGUUCAUGUGCAGGAUAUCGCUGCACAUCCUGAGGUUAAAAAUGUCUUCUUUUCGCCUAAUGCAUCAUACAUUGCCUCAACGUCCGGGGACGCAUCUACACGAAUAUGGCGUACUAGCACAGGUGAAUGCGUACAGUGUCUUAAGUGCGAGAGCACUCUUCUUUCAAUAGUAUCCUUCUCCUACGAUGAAACACUGAUCGCCAUAGCCUCAAGGCGCUCUCCGUUACGGAUCUGGUCCAUUAAAACAGGAGAGUGUAUUAAGACGCUCGGGCCUGAGACUAUGGGCGUUGAUGCCAUGGCUUUCUCCCCCUAUACGAACCAGUUGGCAUUUUUUAUUAUUAUCGGCAAACUAACAAUCUGCGAUAUUUAUGGUUCUUACCAAAAGGAGUUUGAGACUGAUGGUCGGGUCGACGCAGACACCAUGGCUUUGGCCUUCUCUGCUGAUAAACUCCACAUCGACAUCAGGAGUAGGACUUACUCUUCAUCCAAAUAUUUCGUCUUGCGCAUUGAUACAGGCUACUUGAAAGAGAUUUCAUACAUCCUCGGAGCUUUCGACGGUACUAGUUCGCGCUCUGUUGGGGAUGAUCAAUCUAAUGGCGAGGGUUUAGUAUGCUACCAAAAGCCCUAG